AUGUUACACAACAAAUUGCGCGCCUCCCCGUUUAACAAGGGCGUUGAUGCGCAGUUCCAGCGGCUGGCUGUAGAAACUCCCUCAGAUGCGCAGUUCCAGCGGCUGGCUGUAGAAACUCCCUCAGAUGCGCAGUUCCAGCGGCUGGCUGUAGAAACUCCCUCAGAUGCGCAGUUCCAGCGGCUGGCUGUAGAAACGCCCUCAGAUGCGCAGUUCAAGCGGCUGGCUGUAGAAACUCCCUCAGAUGCGCAGUUCCAGCGGCUGGCUGUAGAAACUCCCUCAGAUGCGCAGUUCCAGCGGCUGGCUGUAGAAACUCCCUCAGAUGCGCAGUUCCAGCGGCUGGCUGUAGAAACUCCCUCAGAUGCGCAGUUCCAGCAGCUGGCUUUACAGCAGCUGGCUGUAGAAACUCCCUCAGAUGCGCAGUUACAGCAGCUGGCUGUAGAAACUCCCUCAGAUGCGCAGUUACAGUGGUUGGCUGUAGAAACUCCCUCAGAUGCGCAGUUCCAGCGGCUGGCUGUAGAAACUCCCUCAGAUGCGCAGUUCCAGCGGCUGGCUGUAGAAACUUCCUCAGAUGCGCAGUUCCAGCGGCUGGCUAUGCGCAGUUACAGCGGCUAUGUAGAAACUCCCUCAGAUGCGCAGUUACAGCAGCUGGCUGUAGAAACUCCCUCAGAUGCGCAGUUACAGCGGCUGGCUGUAGAAACUCCCUCAGAUGCGCAGUUACAGCGGCUGGCUGUAGAAACUCCCUCAGAUGCGCAGUUCCAGAGGCUGGCUGUAGAAACUCCCUCAGAUGCGCAGUUACAGCGGCUGGCUGUAGAAACUCCCUCAGAUGCGCAGUUACAGCGGCUGGCUGUAGAAACUCCCUCAGAUGCGCAGUUCCAGCGGCUGGCUGUAGAAACUCCCUCAGAUGCGCAGUUCCAGCGGCUGGCUGUAGAAACUCCCUCAGAUGCGCAGUUACAGCGGCUGGCUGUAGAAACUCCCUCAGAUGCGCAGUUCCAGCGGCUGGCUGUAGAAACUCCCUCAGAUGCGCAGUUCCAGCGGCUGGCUGUAGAAACGCCCUCAGAUGCGCAGUUCCAGCGGCUGGCUGUAGAAACUCCCUCAGAUGCGCAGUUCCAGCGGCUGGCUGUAGAAACUCCCUCAGAUGCGCAGUUCCAGCGGCUGGCUGUAGAAACUCCCUCAGAUGCGCAGUUCCAGCGGCUGGCUGUAGAAACUCCCUCAGAUGCGCAGUUCCAGCGGCUGGCUGUAGAAACGCCCUCAGAUGCGCAGUUACAGCAGCUGGCUGUAUAA